AUGCCUACUGUUCACCUUCUCGACUACGUGGCGGGUAACAUCCGCUCGUUGGUCAAUGCGAUCAACCGGGUCGGAUAUGAGGUGGAAUGGGUCAAGACUCCCGAGGAUGUCAAGAAAGCAGACAAACUGAUUCUCCCCGGCGUCGGCCACUUCGGUCACUGCCUCUCACAACUGGAGCAAGGUGGCUUCCUGGGCCCCAUUCGAGAGCACAUUGAGUCGGGCAAGCCGUUUAUGGGAAUCUGUGUCGGUCUGCAGGCUCUUUUCGAAGGCUCUGAAGAGGACCCUAAUGUUUCCGGCCUGGGUGUCGUUCCCAUGCGCAUUGAGAAGUUCAACGACGUUUCCAAGAGUGUGCCUCACAUUGGAUGGAAUUCUGCGAUGAACACAGCGAUUGAGACCAAGAAAGAGAGCUUUUGGGGUCUCCGGCCGACCAGCAAGUACUACUAUGUCCACUCAUAUGCGGCGCUGUACAAACCAGGUGUUCUCGAGGCAGACGGCUGGUCAGUUGCCACGGCCACAUAUGGCGAGGAGGAAUUCAUUGGCGCAAUCAGCCGAGGAAACGUCUUUGGCGCGCAAUUCCAUCCCGAGAAGAGUGGAGUUGCUGGACUUCGUGUGCUUCGAGCGUUCCUAAAUGGGGACCAAUUCCAGUCACUUCCCGAGGAGAUGGUCACGGGCAAGGUGGAUGGACUGACUCGCCGUGUCAUUGCCUGUCUGGAUGUGCGCGCCAAUGACAAUGGUGAUCUCGUAGUUACCAAGGGUGAUCAAUAUGACGUGCGGGAAAAGAGUGGUGUUGACGCCGGAGGCCAGGUUCGUAACCUGGGCAAACCGGUCGAGAUGGCCAAAAAGUACUACGAGCAAGGCGCCGACGAAGUCACUUUCCUGAACAUCACUUCCUUCCGCAACUGUCCCGUUGCAGACACACCCAUGCUGGAGAUCCUGCGAAGGACCUCUGAAACGGUCUUUGUGCCCUUGACCAUCGGUGGAGGUAUCAAGGAUACUGUCGACACCGAUGGAACCGCAAUCCCGGCGCUGGACGUCGCGACCAUGUACUUCAAGUCUGGUGCCGAUAAGGUCAGCAUUGGCUCAGACGCCGUCUUUGCUGCUGAGGACUACUACAAGUCUGGUCUGAGUGGCAAGACUGCAAUUGAGACCAUCUCCAACGCCUACGGUAAGCAGGCCGUCGUAGUGAGUGUCGACCCAAAGCGAGUCUACGUCGAUCGACCGGAGGAUACCCCCCACCACACCCUGAAGACCGCAUACCCCAAUGCUGCUGGCCAAACCUACUGCUGGUACCAGUGCACCGUCAAGGGUGGCCGCGAGACUCGUGACAUCGAUGUGCGACAACUCGUCCAGGCAGUGGAGGCUAUGGGAGCUGGUGAAAUUCUCCUCAACUGUAUCGACAAGGAUGGCAGCAACAGUGGCUUUGAUCUCGAGUUGAUCAACGAUGUCAAGGCUGCCAUCAAGAUCCCAGUCAUUGCCUCAAGUGGUGCGGGAGUACCAGGCCACUUUGCCGAGGUUUUCAGCAAAACUGCAACUGAUGCGGCUCUGGGUGCUGGCAUGUUCCACCGUGGGGAGUACACCGCGGUCAAGCGGGCGGCAGCAGGUGAACUUUUCCGGUUGCCACCUCGCGCCCUCUCCUUCUCCUCAGUCACGACACUCACUCCCUCGCCCAACAUCCUCACCUUCGUCGCAUCAAACCCCCAUCACCCGCAUCGAGCAAAGGCGUUGGGUGGAUCUAGUGUGGCUGCUCUUGAGGUACUGACUGAUCAAACGGGAGAUUUUUUUGUUGCUACGAUUCCGAUCAACUAUCACCCAUCGCGGCGACCAAAUCUCUUGAAGACCACUCGCAUCGCCAUCUCCGUUGCUGCCAGAUCCAGCAUUCACACCCGCAAGACAGAAGACAGAAGUGGCCCGUUCUAA